AUGGACGAUAAAUUCGAUGCCUAUCUCAGUAAAGAAACAACAGCGGAAAGAUCCAGUGUAACAUGUGGAUGCUCAGAAAAUCCGGCCAUUUUAUCAAAAAUUGUUGGCGGUGAAGAAAGCAUACCGAACAGUUUUGGAUGGGUAGUAUCGAUAAGAAUGUAUUCAUCUCAUGUUUGUGGCGGAUCAAUUAUAUCUGAUUUUUGGAUUAUAACAGCCGCUCAUUGUAUACCAAGUAAUUAUGUGUUCGGCAGUUUCUCUAUAAUGGCUGGAAUUCAAAAUCUAUCUGAUAUUGGACAAGAACGAUUGAUUGUAGAAUCAUUUGUUCAUCCUCAGUAUGAUCCAGAUACCUUUGAUAAUGAUAUAGCACUUGUUCGUCUAAAUUUACCAUUAGAUAUGACACAUCGAUCGCUGGCGAUCAUAUGUUUACCAAUCAUUAAUAACACUUUACUUGAUUUUCAAGAAUAUCCUUCACCCGGUACUCCUCUCGUUGGAAUUGGGUGGGGUACCUUAAUGUCAAAUAAUACAGAACCAUCUGAAACAUUACAACAAGUUACGUUAGAGACAAUUGCUAAUUACAGAGCAUUUUGUAUGAGCAUUAUACAUAAUGUUACUCUACAAUUUUGUGCAGGUAUUGAUGGCGGCGGAAAAGACACAUGUCAAGGUGAUUCUGGUGGUCCCAUCAUGAUGUUUAGAUCAACUGGUCAAUGGGAAUUAGUUGGACUAACAUCCUAUGGAUCGAGAAUAUUACUAAUAUGUCUGAUAUCACAAUCAGCACUACUCAAACGUCUUUCAUCAUCACAGAAGUGA